GUGGAUCUCGUCUUGCUCCGGGGACCAAUUCGUUGUUUGGUGCCCUGCUGGACAGCCCCGGGGUCCUGCCGCCCCCUUAAUGGCAUCACGCCCCUUCUUCUUCUUGGAAAUCGAUGAUCCCCGAUGAAACUCUGGAAAAUGAUCCAUCAGGUAAUCGUGUUAAUAUGCCAGCAAAAACCGUCUCCUGCAGACACUGAUCAAGGGUGGGUCAUGGUUAAAUGCUGAAACAGAAGUCGUUCUCGGCGUCUUCGGCGGAAUCACACCUCCUGCGAAGUUUUCGAGGCGAAGCUGUCUUGAAGACAUUCAACCACACGCCGGAUGCUGCGGGCGGCCUGGACGAACCGCAAACAUGGCGAAGAAUCUGACGACGACCGAGUUCGAGCCCAUCCAACCGGAGGGCCUCGCGCUCGACAUGCUGAUAGUGACGAUUGUCAUGACCGUCGUGUCCAGCCUGGUAGUGUGUCUCCGGUUCUAUGUCCGCUUCACGGUGACGGCCUUCUCUACCGAGGACUGGUUGAUGCUUGCAGGAUGGGUAGUCAACCUCGGACAUAAUGCAUCCGUCAUGGUCCUCGCCUUCAGCGGAAUCGGGUCACACGACGACAUUAUCACCGUCGGCAUGAUGUAUAAGAUGGGACUAUGGACGAUAAUUUGGCAGUUCCUCUACGUGCUGGACGGUGCUCUCAUCAAGUCCAGCAUCAUCUGGACCAUGCUCCGGCUUUCCCAAGACACCAGUAGGAUAUAUCAGAGGAUCCUCUGGGCGCUCCUUGCGCUGGCUUGGAUAGUGUGGCAGAUCUCGUGGCCGGUAGCCAUCUUCCAGUGCAAGCCAGUCUCAGCCGCCUGGGGAGAACCGGGAGACUGCACUUCGGGACAGACGGUUAUCCUGCAGGUGUCCUACUUCGUAUCCGCCGCCAACAUUUUCACGGACAUUGCAACCGCUUCAGUGCCUGCUUUCCUGCUUCGCCACCUACAGAUCCCUAAGAAAGCCAAGAUAGCGACUGUGGGUAUUCUGUCACUGGGUGUCUUGGCCGCUGUGGCUACGACUAUCCGUAUCGGCUAUACAUGGGCCUACACGGCUGAGGUUGAUAAAUUCUACACCAUCGCCAAAAUCGUCAUGUUGACAGUUCUCGAAUGCGACCUCGGAAUCAUAUGCGGCUCCCUGCCCAUGCUUCGCCCCCUUUUCAAGAAACUCUACUCGAACUACGGCUCCAGCGACAACUAUGCGACAGGCCCCUCCGGCCAUAAUAACAUCAACCUAGUGACCAUCGGCGGCACCGGCGGGCGCCGCACGCAUGUGAAGCUGACCAACCCGGAUCUCGACACGGUCAUGGGCGACCGCGACCAUCACUCGGAAGACGACGAGUCGACCCGUCGGAUCUUAAAAGUGCAUGUCACCCAUGAAGUCAGGCAGGAGACUAUGAAAGUGGGUGGGGGACGGGAUGCUGUCCAGUUCCAGGUCGCCGUGGGGAGCCCGAGGCAUGAGCACAGCCCAGUUACGAAGAGCGCCCAGUACUAUAACUAAUGUGUAUCGCUAUGUGUAAGGAACUGUAAUUCAGGCUAAUUUUAUAUAAGAAGAUCCUGGUCAGUUCACGCUCAAUGGGUGUUGCCUUUAUCUACUCAAAUAUCUUCCACCGUAUGAAGGCGCCAUGUAUGUCCUCGGACGUAUAUGGAAUAGAAGCGAAACCACCUAUAGGGAAUAGGCCAGGGUUCAUGAGCUCUCAGAUGCCUUUAUACGCGGGCCACGGGCAAAAGGAUCGCAUACAAGAAGCUAGAGAGGGGCCAGUCGCCUUCCCCCAUUCCCAGAGGAGCUCACUCUCACGCUAGACAACAACCAGGACUGUUGUACUAUGUAGUAACAAGUUUUGAUAUAUUAAGGGCCAG